AUGUCUAGUAGGGAGUGUAAGAGAUGCCCAGUGGUAGUCUGUGGUAGGGAGCUAUUGGCAGACUUGUUGGUGAUUGGCACUAACAAGUUUGAUGUUAUUUUGGGGAUGGAUUGGCUCAACAACUUCCAUGUGAUUAUCAACUGUCAAUAUAGAAGCGUGGUGUUCAAGAUACCAGAUCAUCCAGAGUUUGAGUUUAUGAGCAGCAGCAAAGUGAUGGAGCAGCUAGAGUAUCGAGCAAGCAUGGAUGUAGUAUUAACCUGGAUAGAGGUAGAGGAGAAGCCCAUACCAGAAAUUAGUGAUGAGUUCCUUGAUGUUUUCUCUGAUGAGUUGCCAGGUCUGCCACCAGAUAGAGAUAUAGAGUUUGUCAUCGAUCUAAUUUUAGGAGUUACACCUAUCUCAAAACCACCUUACCAGAUGCCGAUAAAAGAUUUAGAGGAGUUACGAAAGUAG